AGGGCAUGAUAAAAGAGAUAUCCGUCUCUUGCUUUAUUUCGUCUAGUACGGCUGAGUGAGCUGCAGAAUUUGAACUGAUUCGUUUGUCUUUGUCAACGUUUUACUUAUUCAUUGUUCUCCUCCUCUUCAUCAUCUGAGAGCUUCUUGUAAGGAACAUUCACAUUGAUUGUUAGUCUUCACUUGUCUGUUGUUUACUUCUCCUUUCUAGUGGUCAGCCUGACUAGCUACAUAUUUUUCUUGCUAGUUAGCCUUCUAAAAACGAACGAAGAUCAUGGGCCGUUUUGUGCGUCGCGCUGCGGCCGUCGGAUUCACCGCCGCUUGUGUACUGCCAGUUUUGAGUGUGAAAGUUGUCCAAGGUGGAGCCCCUUCUGAGGAAACUACUCCUAAGGAUGGUGGUAAGACUCUCGAACAUAGAGCCGUACCUGUUGAAAACGUGAAGUCGGCGUCCUCUGUUGGAAGCGGUAGAAAAAACGCGACCGCAGUUGAAGACCCUUACAUGGUGCACAACCCGGAAUCUUCAGAUGUCCCAAAGCUUCCUCCGCGAGCAGAUGACCUAAAGUUUCGCGUUCCGAUGUUGCCUACAACGGGCGCUUCAGCUUCAGCCUCCGCGAGUUCAGGAAAUCCUCCGCCCACCGAAAAUGCAACCUCGCGUGCGUUUUCUGGUCCUGUCAGGGAGAAGCAAGCAAAUGUUGUUCAGGACAAAGAAGCGAAUGUCGAGGCCGCAAAAGAGAAGGUCGAAGACAGAGAGGAUAAUGUCCUCUUUGUCGGAUUUUCUGGUGAGGGUCACCGCGACGACAAGCAAGUUAUAAAUAAUGGUGCCUCGUCGUCAUCUACUGGAAAGGCUACUACUGGUGACAAGACGAGAGCAGAAGAAAACGGCGAAAAAGAUGAAAUAUCCGCGGUAGUAAGUACGCCAGUCAUCGACGCAAAACCUUCUUCCCAUGGGGGGAAAGAAGACGACAAAGCAGCUGAUGUUGCGUCCGCUGCUGGUAAGAAAGAUGGCGUACCUUCCUCUUCCUCUGCUGGCGUUCAGGAAGUGCCUAUCCGCGUCUCGGAGGAUGUCGCGCUUUCCUCCACGACUGGCUUUCCUCGGAUUGAUGCGAACGCGAAAAGAGCCUCUAGGAGCGACGUCGCGCCGACCAGUGCUGCCUCCGCUGCGGCUAUUCCCGGUGAGUGUGACUCUGAGGUAGGAAGCGUUGGUGAACGCCGUGAUGGGGAUGAAUUGACUGAAGAGGCAGCCACUCCCGAGGAUGCUCGAUCAGUAGGUGUUGAGGAUGGAGUGGUAGAUGUUCUCUCAAGCGGCGACGAGGCUUUCGAGUGCCUUCGCAAGCCUCCAGCGUCACCGCGUUCGAACUCG